AGCUACAAAUAACAUUUUUAUUUAAUCGAUACAUUGAUUGAUAAUAAUGUUUUGAUGUUAAUGACAAGAUAGUGUUUAAAUAUCUGAUCUAAUCCUUGUUGUUAUUGUUUAACAAAUAUAUCAGAUUAUCACCAUGGAUUUAACUGAAAACAUUGCCAACAUAUCUUUACACGAGGAACAAACAGCGAAGAAACGAAACGAUUAUAUAGAUUGGCAAGAAUAUUUUAUGGCUGUUGCUUUUUUGGCGGCAAAACGCAGCAAAGAUCCCAAAACGCAAGUCGGCGCAUGCAUAGUUAAUAAUGAUAAUAAAAUAGUCGGCAUAGGUUAUAAUGGAAUGCCAAUUGGUUGUAAUGAUGACGACUUUCCCUGGGGAAAGAACACUCCAUCACCACUAGAUAGCAAAUAUCUUUAUGUAUGUCAUGCAGAAAUGAAUGCAAUAUUGAACAAAAACUCUGCAGAUGUCAAAGACUGCACAAUCUAUGUAGGAUUGUUUCCAUGUAACGAAUGUGCAAAAAUGAUCAUACAGUCUGGUAUUAAAAAGGUGGUAUAUUUAUCAGACAAAAAUGCACAUAGGCCUGAGUACAUUGCAUCAAAGAAGAUGUUUAAUGCUUCCAAUAUAAUAUAUAAACAAUACAAACCGAGGAUAAGUAAAAUUGAAAUAAAUUUCGACAUUGACUGGGAUUUGGUUAGCCCAACAAAAUAGAGGCUGCUUGUACAUCACUAUUAAAUUAAUCAAUUAAAAAGUACUUUUAAUUACUUACCAAAAUUAAUAGAAAAUAUGUAUUGGCAGAAUGCCUGUAUUUUAAUUACCAAGUCAGAAUUAUUGAACUUAAUUCGACCAAUUUAGGUGACAUCACUUACUUGAAUAAAUUAUUAUCUCAGUGCAACAAAGAACAUUAUAAACAAAAACUCAUAAUUGUUUUGGUAAAACCCAAUUUGUAAUGAAUAUGGAAUAUAUGACAUUUAGUGAAAUGAAUUCAUUGAAACUUGUCUUUUAUUUUAUAAUUUCUAAGAUUAUUUUACUGGGUUUGGAAAUUUUUUUUUAGAAAACAGCAAACAUUUGAUUUAUAGUUCAGAAUGAAUAGUCCUAACAUUACAAAAAAAAAAAGGUUUAUACUGGUUAUUUAGUUUGUA